GGCUGUGACGUGCGGGGGCGUGGCGCGCCGGGCCGGGCCGGGCCGGGCCGCGGCGGUCGGAGGUGCCGGUGCCGCUGCCGCCGCCAUGUACCGGGCCCUGUACAGCUUCCGCUCGGCCGAGCCCAACUCGCUGCCGUUCUCCGCCGGGGAGACGUUCCUGCUGCUGGAGCGCAGCAACCAGCACUGGUGGCUCGUCACCCGCGCCGGCUCCGGCGAGACGGGCUACGCUCCGGCCUCCUACCUCCAGCGGCUGCAGGUGCUGGAGCAAGAUGUGGUUCUACAGUCUAUUGACCGUGCCAUUGAGGCUGUGCACAACGCGGCCAUGAAGAAUGGGGGAAAGUACAACCUGGAGCAGAGAGAUGUCCUCCAAAAGCUGAUCCAUCACCGCAAGGAGACCGUGUCCCGCAAGGGUCACUCCCCCGCGCCGCAGGGGACGGUGAUGACACAGUCCUCCAGCGACCACCACCUGGACGUGGCGCGACAGCCCAACGGCGUGUGCCGGACCGGCUACGAGCGGCACCACAGCCUGCCCAACACCGAGUUCGAGGAGGAGGAUGAAGGUCUCUACCAGAUCCCGCCGCAGCCCCGGCGCGCAGCGCCCGUCACCCCCCCACCUCCAGAGAAACGCAGGAACGCGCAGAUCGCCGGUCCCGUCAAAAACGCUGUUGAAAUCAUCCCUGGGUCAGCUUCUAGUGCCUCCUCCAUAAGCACCACGUCCCUGGACACCUUGUACACCGCGUCUUCUGCGUCAGAGACCGCUGUCCCCACGGCCACCUCCAGCCCCGCCAACACGCCGCCCCCCGUCCCCAGCCGCAGCGUCCACACCACCAUCACGCGCAAUUUGGACGCCGGUUCCCGCUACGGGACUUCCCCGAAGGACGGGGCCAGCAAAUCUCCCCAGAGCAAGAGGGCUGCCCCGGCACCCCCGGCUGAAGGGGGGACCCAGAGGUCCCACACUGUGGAUGGGGAGAAGGCUUCUCAGGUGAAGAAAGCUGCCCCGGCCGCCGCUGCGAGCCUGGACGCCUUCAGCUCGCUCUGCCUGGAGGAGAAGAAGGCGGCCACGGUGGAGCCGGUGCCACCAGAACCCAGUGGUUUGGUGGCAUCCGUGCCCAAGACAAUAGGUGCCGAACUGAUCGAGCUGGUGCGCAGGAACACCCACCUCAGCUACGAGCUGUCCCGCGUGGCCAUCGGCGUGGUCAUUGGCCACAUCCAGAGCUCUGUCCCAGCAACCAGCGGCAUCAUGGAGCAGAUUCUCAUCUCGGUGGUGGAGAGUAAGAACCUGAGUGCGGGGCUGCCCUCGGGCCAGAUCUGCCACGACGAGCAGCGGCUGGAGGUGAUCUUCGCCGACCUGGCCCGGCACAAGGACGACGCUCAGCAGCGCAGCUGGGCGCUCUACGAGGACGAGAACGUCAUCUGCUGCUACCUGGAGGAGCUGCUCCGCAUCCUGACAGACGCAGACCCAGAAGUUUGCAAGAAAAUGUGCAAGAAGAAUGAGUUUGAAUCCGUCCUGUCCCUCGUGGCGUAUUAUCAGAUGGAGCACAGGGUGCCGUUACGGCUGCUGCUGCUGAAGUGCUUCGGAGCCAUGUGCAGCUUGGACGCUGCCGUCAUCUCGACGCUCGUGAACUCGGUGCUGCCGAUGGAGCUGGCGCGGGACAUGCAGACGCACACACAGGAUCACCAGAAGAUGUGCUACUCCGCGCUGGUGCUGGCCAUGAUGUUCUCCAUGGGGGAGCCCCUGCCAUACCAUCACUACGAACAUCUCAACUCCCAGUUUGUGCAGUUCCUGCUGGAUGUGAUCGAGGACGGGCUGCCCUCCGACACCACCGACCAGCUGCCCGACUUAUUUGUCAACGUCCUUCUGGCCUUCAAUCUCCACAUUCCAGUUCCAGAACACAACGUGAUCAUGACUACAAUAAGCAAGCACUCAAAUGUCAAGACUUUCACAGAAAAGCUGCUGCUGCUGCUGAACAGGGGAGAUGAUCCAGUUUGUAUCUUCAAGCACCAGCCUCAGCCGCCACACUCCGUGCUGAAGUUUCUGCAGGACAUCUUCGCCAGCAAGGACACGGCCAGCAUCUUCUACCACACGGACAUGAUGGUCCUGAUCGACAUCCUGGUGCGGCAGAUCGCGGAUCUCUCCCCGGGAGACAAGCUGAGGAUGGAGUACCUCUCGCUGAUGCACGCCAUCAUCCGCUCCACGCCCUACCUGCAGCACCAGCACCGCCUGGCCGACCUGCAGGGCAUCCUGCAGCGCAUCCUGGGCGAGGAGGAGGAGAGCCAGCAGUGCCAGAUGGACAAACUGAUCAUCCUGGAGAUUUACAAGGAGUUCCCAGAGAUCUCCCCCGGUACCAGCUAACCGCCCCUCAGCUUGGACUGGAGUUGGAACCACUUGGAUCGAUGACGUCUCUUGUUGACACUUCCUCCCCAUCCCUUUCCCGUACAGCUCAUACCUUGUACCCCUGAGGUUGGGACGAUGUUCACCGGCCCUUUAGAGGCGCCAGCGGCAGGAAAGGCAUGGGGUGUCCCCGGGACCUGGUGCUCGGGGACAGGCGGAACGGGCAGGGCGCUGGCGCGUGCUUUGUCUGCAGGACUUGGGCAGCCGGUGUUCGCGGGAAGGGCAGAGAGCGGCAAGGGGCUUCAGCAGCUGAGGUGCGGGGGUAUUCGGCUGUGCUGGUGUCCCGAGGUCCCCAAGCAAAAGGCCUUUGCCUUAGAGUGUCACUUCUUCUCCAUGUGCAUCUCUUCUCCCUGCAGUGACCAAGUGGAGUCCGCUGGUUCUUGGAAGAAGCUUCCGUAACAUCUGUUUUGUUUGCUGCUGCUAGUGCCAAUGUGCUGCGGCCCUGCCACAGGGAGGCAGCUCGCUCGCUGUCCAACGCCUUGUCUGGUGAGCCCGUCGCUCCCUCCUGGCCCUCAGCUUUGCCUCUGGGCAGCAGCCCACCUAGGCUCAUAGAGGUCUUACCCCAGCAGCUGCUUUUUUUCAAUCCGCUUUCUCUAGUGACGUUGAAAUCUGAAUUUCUCGCGCACUGUGGCAGCCUAGAAGCAGCGACCACACGGGCGAUGCUGCCCUUGGUAAGCCUGUGGCCUGGACACGGCGCAAAGACGUGUCCUGCCAAGUGACAGCUGCCAUUGGCGCCUGCGGCAGCGUUUGCGGGGCGGCGCGUGGGCAGGCGCGCUCUGUUCGUCAAGCGUGUGCAUUUCUUGCCUUGAGCUUCGUAGCAGCUCUGCCUCGCUGCCCUCCCUCCCCACGUGGCAGCGCGAGCCUGGUGUCCAGUAGCUGUUUGUGACUCUGCACGAGCGCGGGGAACCCUUGCUUAUGUUUUCUGUAGGUUUCUAGCACACGGGAUUAACCUGUUUCCCUGUUACAGAUAGUCACACGCACUAACGUGGGUCUCUUAGAUAUUUCUGUGUGCGGUCCGGUCACUCUCUGUCUCCAGCUCUUCCUUUGUAGUAUCUAGUGUAGGAGCUCUUGGAAAGUUGAACUGGAAAUACUGGGCGUUGUAUUUUUUAACUUCUUUUUAGCUUGAGGUGAUGGCAGGAGCUCUGCUCUGCAGGCCCGGCCUCUGGGCUGAGCAGUGGUGCUCAGGAACGGAGAGGGUUGGCCUGGCAGCCAAGGGGGGCAAGGACCCCCCGAUUUCAGCCUGGGAACACCCAAAGCUUCAUAACCACCCUCGUAGAGAAACCUAUUUUUCCCCUGUAAAAAAAAUGUAUGAAUGUCAAAAGGCAUCCUGUAUUUUCUUAAACACUUAAGUGUAACAUGCAGAGGAAUAAAAAUGUCUUAAACUGGA